AUGUUGGGCAUGACUGGAAGUGUCGGCCGAUGGCUGGUCAAGUCCAUCAGGAAGCGGCAACGGGCACCUCCUCCAAAACUCUCGGUCUUGUUCUUCGUGGCCAUCGCGAUCCGGAAAUUCCAAAAGUUUGCCACCAACAAGUUCAAAGAGUCGCUCAAGUUCUACUUUGAUAAGCGAGUCGCUCUGGACGAGCUCGAGGCCCUGCACAAGGCUGACCGGAUGUUCUUCAUCAAGGAGUUUGUCAAAGUCUCGUAUUUCAUUCGCAAGUUCGACUUGACCCUGGAUGACCUGACGGGCCGUCUCCCGGGCAUCGUUGACGACAUGUACGGGUAUCUGGAGGAGAGCUUGACUCGUCGUCGUCGUCGUGGUGACGGCGAUUAUUGCGACGCCCCCGCCGAACAUGAGAAAAGGAUCCAGUUCCUCUGCUCGUGUUUCAAGUACCUGGCCCGAAACAGUCCUGCAGCGAGUUUCGUCGCCCCUCAUCUUCUGCAAUUUUCUGCGGUUGCGGAUUUGCUGAUUGCAUCAGCAUCAUCAGCAGGGGAGAAUAACAACGACAACAUCAACAACAACGACCGAGCAACCAACGAUGCACUCGUCACGUGUCUGGCGUAUGUUUUGGAAAAGUCAAACGACAUCAGGAGCCAUAAACUAUCCGAGCUUGAAACGCUGAUUCUUAACUUGCCCGAGUUGGGUGAGGAAGCCAAGUCCUUGUUUCUGUCCAAGCUGGAGAGUGGAAAGGUGGUUGUCGCCGGCAACAACAAGAAUCAUCAGCAGCAAACAGGGCCUCGCUCAUCCAUGAACCCACGCAAGGUGAAGAAGAACCAGCAGGUCGUGAGCAGGACCAUUCAAACGGUCAAGUCCAAGCAGGAGACGAAAAAGUCGGAAGAGGCGGACUUGAAGCUCAUGAACUUGAGUGACUGCAUGAGGAACAGGAACCGGAAACUCAAGUGCAACACCGUCCUGGAGAAGCUCGAGUCCACAAACGACGAGAGUGGCAAUGAUCAAUCCGUGUUUCGAACCACGUGGGCAGAAACCAUCAACCUCUUCUCCUUGGUGUCCCAGGGACACGUGCUCAAAAAGGACGACAAGGACACGUAUUUGCCCGACAAGUUUCUCGGCUACCAUUACUUCACCGGCACUUUCUGGAACUCCAAAGUCGGCGACGGGAACGCGUCCAAACUCUACUCAUUUUUCAUCAAUCGCAUGUGUGCGUCCAUUUUCGAGAAGGUGUCGAGGAAGCAGCAGCUCAACGACGCAGCCGUCGACAAGUUGUUCAAGUGCUUGACUCCGUUUGACUCUCUGGUGACAAGACUGGACUUUGAGAAGGACUUUGCCAAGCGGAUCGUCGACGCUGUGUUUGACAGAUACUGGGAUCUGAAGACGUUGACGAGUCCGGACAUCGUUGCGAGCCUUUUCAAGGAGAUUGCGAGCAGGACGACGGAGGAAUACCUGAGCGUGGGUUGGGUCUACAACACGACGGAAGUGCGGAGAAAGUCCUACAGCAAUGAAGACGUUGAGAAACUCGUGGCUGACCAGGUGAACCUCGUGCGAGUGGAUGCCCUCAAGGCCCUGGUCAACUGCGCUGUUCGAGACAAGAAACGAGUGCUGACCAAGGAACGAGUCGAGAUCAUCAAUGCCUACACGAAACUGGACAAGGAAACUCGUUACCCGAACGCCAAGUUUGAGGACUCGGUGUUCAAGCUGAUUGAAGUGGCCAACACCUUGGAUGAUUUCAACUACGCCGACACGUUCCAAAACUUUCUCACCCGCUUGCCCAAAGAGUCUCGGGACAACGUGAAACCCAUUUUGUCAUUCGUGAAAAGCCAAGCCCGGGACUCGAAGCGCAGCAAAGAGCUCUUCACUCACGACGUGAUGGAACAACUCGUGCAGCUCUUGGAUAAUGCCAAUAAUGAGUUGACCGAGGCACAAAAGCUGGACGUUGUGGACAUCAUCAACACGUGUCUGCAACACGAGGAGCACACGAAUGCAUUGAGCACGGGAAACCUUGAACACUUGCUCCAGAUUGCAAUGCAAGGUGAUGAAUAUGAAGACGGUAUUGACACCCCGUAUCUCCUGAAUUCUGCCCUGACGUCUCUGUUGCUGUCCACUGACAAGACCCACGAGUCCUUGUCGCCCAGUGUUGUGAACCUCCUGCUGUCAAACUUUGAUCGGCUGAGUCACGAUGAAGAAUGCACGAGCUACAUGGUGUUUAUUCUCAGCAGGGUGUUUUGCAGUGACAACAAUGAGAAGAAGACGAAGAACGCGUCAUCAUUCAUCAAAAACGAACAUUUUGUUGAGUCGCUGUCAACCAAGAUGCUGUGCCAUCACGUCGGGGAGCUGAACGAGGAAGAUGGUCAGCCCAUUUUAUUCGUCAACGCUUUGUCCGGAAACAAGACUCAAUCCGGGCUUGCUGCUGGUUCUUCCUCCUCCUCCUCCUCCUCCUCCAACCAAAUAUCCUUGCUGGCUGCCAAAAUGGUGUUCAGGUCUAUUGAAAACCAAGUGGCUGUCACGCCUGUCACCAUCGACAACCUCUUGUUGGUCCUCGAGGACAAUAACAUCUCGUCGUCUGACCAUCAUCAUCAGCAGGAGAAUAAGAAGCAAACAAAGAUCCUGGCUGCCAAGAGCAUCUAUCAUCUCACCAACCUGAUGCUGGGUCAACACGAUUACGAGCCGGAAAUCAACGAGAGCCUGUUUGCAGUGGUGUUGCACGCGUGCCGAAAGCAGCAGGAGUUGACGGACAAGGAUCUCUUUGCACUCUUCAACGGGAUCCUCGCCCUGAACGGCAAAUACGCUCCGCAAGUGCUUGAGAUCCUCGUGGCCUACACUUUCAAGUACACGGUGCCUGGACCCACUGUGGCCGUGUUGGAGAACAGCUUGAGCAUUCCCAGCCACUUUGAAGAGGCCCUCGUCGUGUUGCAGAACAUCAUUCUCAGCGGCGAGUCUUGCGUGACGGGUAAAACCCUGUGUGUGUUUCUCGACUACCUCUGGCUCUCGUCCAACUCUCAUCUCCGGGUCUACGCCUUCAAACUGCUGGAGCAGGCAAGUAAGAACCAGGACUUGGACGACGGCAUUUUCACCAAGCUCGAGUUGGUUCGGGCAGGAUAUGCCCUGGAGAAGAUGAGUCAUCAUGGUCAACAGCAGCAACACAAACCAUCAUCAUCAUCAUCAUCGAAAUCAUUGGCACCAGCACGUCCUGAUGGUGAAAAACGGAAAAUAGUAGAGUUCCUGCAAUACGCCACGGAACGAGGGAUGCAAUUGCCAGUGGACACCAACAUUGCACUGGGAAAGGACAUUGAUGACGUUGACGUGUUGAAAGUGUUUGCGAAUGCUUCGAGAAACAAGCAAAUCAUCCCUCAAGAGCUACUGGACGCACUCAUUGCCAUGUUUGACCCGGAAACACAAAUGAAGGACCACACCAUCAACGUUGUUCUCAUCAAUAUUUUCAAGAAUGCUGCCAAGAACAAUCAAAUGCUGCCCAAACAUCUGCUGGACAAGCUGGAAAAGGCGCUGAUGCUGCCGAGGCCAGGUAGUGAAAUGCGGAUGGACAAUGAUGACAAUGACAAUGAGUCGUUGUCAUCAUCAUUAUUAUCAAAAUUGGAGCAAAGCGCCCUGUUGGUCUUCAAUUACCUGGCUCAAAAGGGCGAGAAGCUGUCGUUGGUUGUCAACAACAAGCUGUUGGACAAACUUGCGAGUGAAAAGGACCCUGUUUUGAUUCAAGAGCUGCUGAGUUCGUUGCCAGCGCUGAUGAAUGCCAACAAGGCGGACCUCUGCAAAUUGUAUCUGCCAAAAAUCAAUGGGAUUUUGGCCCGUGAAAUCCGGUCGGAUAACGCAAACGUGCAGAGCUUGUGUGUGAGUGCAGUCAGUGCUUUGGUUGCAGUGAUACAAGGAGUAGGUGACAGCAGCAGCAGGAUGAUGAAUGUAAAGCAGCAGCAGCAGCGAGUAGUAAUGAUUGACGAGACGCUGCUCGAGGCCCUGGUGGAAACAUGCACGGAUUCCAGCAGCAGGUGCAGUCCAUCCGUGGCACUCGGGAUUCGAGCCCUGUUUGACUCCAUCGACGACAGUCACAAUCCAUGCAUUGCCCAAAGGCAGUACCGGGAGAAAAUGCAGCUGGCCACCUUGAAAAGCGACUCGCCGAGGAACUUGUUGGCACAACUGCGUUGCUACGUGAAUCUCAGCACGGGAUUCCUUGCCCAGAACUACAAACAACUCAAGCACGUGAUUGACAAUGCCGGGGAGGAAUUGCAGGAAGCCGCGUUGACUUUGUUGCUGGGCUGCAAGUGCAAGUCUGCAUUGACGGACGAGUUGUUGGACAGUGUUGCCAUCUUGUGCGAGAGCACUCGAGAGUUUGGGAUGAGCAAUCAAGAUGUGUCAGAUCUGCUCAAGUCGAUUCGAGUCAGCUGUAGCAGCAAGGAUGAGAUUUUGGGAAUUCAAACACUCGAGGAUCUUCUCCAAAUGAUUUUGAAGCAGAAACCCGACUCAUUCUUCCUCGUGGAAUCAUUCGUUCACCUGGUUGAACAAUGCCUGCUCAAGAGACGCCUUUUGCACAUGACUUUGCCGUGUUAUUGCCGAAUCAUCAAGGAGAAAAAGUGCCGCAAGGUUGAAGAAUGUCUUGAACAGUCAUUGCUGGUUGUGCAGCAGCAGCAGCAGCAGGAGCAGAGUUUGAUUAUUCAAGAUGAACAUCAAGUGGGUUUGAAAACGUGGCUCUUCCUGUGCAUGUAUUAUGCGAGCAAGUUGAUAAUUGCACCCCUGCCCAGUGUGUGCAUGGAUGUUGUUGUCGACAGUCUGGACAGUGAUGAUGAGCUCAUCAGGUGGACUGCGUAUGGGAUCUUGCGAGCUUCCAGCACCAAGGACAAAAAGUAUGCAACAAUUGUCAACAAUUGGAAUGACCUUCUGUUGACGAGUGUGACAGAGAGCUGUGCUGCAGACGUGACACUUGAUGCGAAAUCAAAUCACAAGGGCUACACGAUUCCAGACUUGUUGGAAAUAAUUGUGUCUCUCAAGUUCCCCGACUUGGAUGUGUUUGCAAAGAAUGAGAAAGACGUGUGGAAACGAGAGUUGCUGGCUUCGAGCAUUUUCGCCAAAUUCCGCGUCGUCAACAAGUUGGAUCAGAUGAAUUUCUACGCCAACUGGUUUCGGGUUGAGGAGACGUUCAAGUAUCACAAAUCCUGCAAGGUCCUCUUGUUGCUCCACAACUUCAAGUUCCAGCAUGGCUUCUCACAAAUUGCUGAGCUGACUUUGAUGAUGCCCGAUCUCAGUUUUGACGAGGUCAUGGGAUUGUUGAAUACGCACAGUCCUGAUCCAUACACUGCCUUCAAACAAGAAUGGUGUGUGCGGAAGAUCCAAGCCAGUGGUCAUCAUCAUCAUCAUCAUCGUAAUGCAUCUACAUCCAGUGAUGAUAGUAAUAAAAAGCAAAGAAGAGGCGGCAUCAGUGUCCAGUAUUCCCAGCGACUGGCCCAAAAGCUGUGUUCCGCCUUCCAUGCCGAGUUCAUUAGCAAACUCUUUGCCUCCUUGAAGUCGAUUGAUAACCUGUGUGCGUUUGAGAACCUCAUUGACUUUUGCUUGCGAGAGAAAAUCAACCCGAGUGACGCGCUACUGAUGCUGGACGGCGUGAAUAAUGAGGGAGUCCAACUGAUGCACCUGAUGCGCCUAGUUGAGGCCAAGCAGUUGAUGACGAGAUGCGCCAAAUGUCGGCCAGAGACGAAAGCAGAAGAGAAGCAAUUCCUACGUCUAUUCCAAAUUUUGUGUGAUGCGGGAUGGGACUUUGUGCAGAUGCGUGACCUUGUGGCUGCAUUUGAACCCAGUAGUAGUGGUGCUGCUGGGGCCGGAUUUAAUCGGUUUCGCAACUUGCUGCACUUUCUGAACACGAUCCAAACUUACGGCCUGUUCUCGGCAUCUAAUUUCAUCAGGUGCAAGGAAAUCUUGAAGGACAACACGAGUUUCCGAACCAUGAUGCAGAAGUUGAACAAACUAGCCAUUGAGAACCACUUUCAGCUGGAAGGCAAACAAAAGGACCUCAACGAACUCGUGGCUGAGUUGAAGAAAUCAAACAAGCACGACCAGGCAUUACUGCAGUUCAUCAACAGAGGUGCUUUGGAUAUCCGGAAACACGUGUUUGAGGAUCAUUCCGCAGAGUUGCUCUGGAACGAGAAGCAGAUUUACUUGUGGGCAUUGGACGUCAAGCAUGGCAUAAUUCCGGAAUUUAGCGAUUACAAAGGAGUGGCAGUUAUCCUGCGUGCCAACUUCCUCAUCUCGGGUCACACUCUGACGGACACACAAAUACUCUGCAGCUUGAUUGCACUGAGAACAACCAACAGCAGUGGCAGCAGUCAACAGCAUCAUCUGAACAAUAAGGGCAAGUUACUCGAAGUGGCAACCGGCGAAGGCAAGUCCACCAUCAUUUGCAUCCUUGCCAUCAUCAACGCAUUGCGAGGCAACCCAGUCGACGUCAUCACCAGCUCCCCUGUCUUGGCUGAGAGAGAUGCCAAGCAAAAGGCCAAGUUGUACCGGAUGUUUGGCCUCACCUGCUCAGACAACAAUGACAAGACCGUGUAUCUCCGAGGCAAGAAGACUUGCUAUGCUGCCGACAUUGUCUAUGGAGAGAUGUCGCAGUUUCAGUUUGACAUCCUGCGAGACACCUACAGCCAGUUGGGCACCUUGAACGGACGCGAGUUCACAACAGCCAUCAUUGACGAGGUGGACAGCAUGCUCAUUGAUGACAGCUCGAAAAUUGCCCGCUUAUCAUCAACCAUUUCCGGCAUGGACCACUUUCAAGCAAUGUACGUGCUCAUCUGGCAACGCCUGGUCUCAAUCAGAGAAAGGUUCAUCAUGUUUCACGGCAAGUUGUACUUUGUUGACGGGAAAGUUGGCUUUGAAAAGGGCAAGAUGACACUGGAUGUUGUGGACGGCAGCAGCAGUAAUGAUGGCAGCAUUUGGAAAAUUCCAGACUUGGAAAAGUAUCUCAUUCAAUUUGGUGACAAUGAUGAGAGUCGGGUCAGUGAGUAUGUUGGUGAUGAUGUGGAUGAGUACUUGAGGAAGUCGCUGGGAUCCUAUCUGGACGAGCAAAUCAAAGUCAACAAAAUCUACAUCCCCAGUAAUUUUGCCGAGUUCUUGCAAAAGCAAAAGCCAAAGUGGAUUGCAAAUGCCGUUGAAGCUCUCAAUUACCAGGAAAAUGUGCACUACUACAAGCAUGUCUACGGUCUCACUGGGACACUUGGCUCAGAGACUGCCAGGGCUGUGCUGCAAAGGGUGUAUCAAGUGGAUCUAAUCAACAUUCCCCAGCGGCGACAGAAGCAGUAUUUGGAGCUGGAGUCCAUCAUUGCCGAGAGUGAAGCUGCCUGGCUCAAGGCCAUCGAGUCACACAUUAUCCACGAGAUUCAAAAGGACCGCGGGAUUCUAGUCAUUUGUGAAACGAUUGAGAACACCAGUAGGAUUCGAGAGUUGUUGCUGACAAAGAAUAAGCUCCCCCCGAAUGCACUCAAGGUGUAUGCCAUGAACGACGUGAACCAAGAGAAGAACGUGGAGAAGAUUUUGCCGGGGGAAGUCAUAAUAGCCACAAAUUUGGCAGGCAGAGGCACUGACAUUCAAACAGAUGAAAUUGAGACGACCGGGGGUUUGCACGUCAUUUUGACAUUCAUGCCGGGCAACCAACGAGUGGAAGAUCAAGCAUUUGGAAGAACUGCCAGGCAGGGCAAACGUGGCACGGGCCUCAUGAUCCUGAAUGCUCAACAACUCCCUAUGAUGAAUAUGAUGACGACGACAACAACAAUGAUGAGCAGCAGUCAGCAUGAGACUAAUGAUGAAAUCACCACCAGCACCACUAGAAACAUCAAGGCAGAGCGAGACACGUUUGAGUCACAGCAACUCAAGACUUUCCAAGAGGUGGACCUCAAGCCAAUCCAAGUCAAGGAUGAACUCUUUGAUGUUUUCUGUGCUUUCCUCAAUGGCAGAAUCCGCGCCAGCAUAAAAGAGGAGGAGGGAACCCUUGGCAGUAAAUUCAAGAGUUUCUUUUAUGACCAGCCCCCAACCAUGUAUGAGAGUACUGUGCUUGCAGCUGUUGAAGAGCAAUGGGCAGGUUUCUUGCGCAAGCUGGAUGAGAAGGUGAUACAGUGCAGAGAUGCCAAGUCUGAGUGUGACAAACUCAUUGCUCGGCUCUGGCAAGACUUUGAAGCCAAAAAUGUCAUCAAGAAUCCAUAUCAUUACAUCUGCAUUGCCAAUGACAUACUUUCUGACAAGUCAGCAAGUGUUGAAGAGGUGGAACGAGCCAUGAGCUAUUUCAAGAAAGCCGUGGAUCUGGAGCAAAUGAUGAGCACAAAGACCACCACCAGCAGCAGCAAGGAUGAUCCAGAGUCUCAUUCCAGCAGCAGCAUGAGCUACAACUGUCCUGGAGCUGCGUAUGUUGGCAUUGGGUGGUGUGAAAUCCGGUUGAAAGACAAGCAAAAAGAGGGCUACAAAGACCGGGCUCUGUCUGCUUUCAAAUCUGCUCUGACGUGUCUGUCCAAUGAAAUGGCUGUACUGAGUGCCACUCAGUUGUUGCUGGAGCAAAAGCAGACUGGGUUCCUCAGCAGCGACCUCUACAAGCAGCUCAACAUCAAAGCCACCAUACUGGGUUCCUACCUCAGCAGUGUCAAUGACUCCAUGAAUGCCGUCAAACGAUCAAAGCGUCUCAUCGACGUUGUUUCUGUUCACAAGCACAAAGAUGGCGCUGCAGUCAUGGAAACCAUCAAGUACUUUAAUGAGCAAGAGCGACUUGAGACUGACUUGAGCACAUUCAAAAACAACAAGGACUUGAAAGUGAGUGACAAGGAAAGGUACUCGCUGAUAUUCAAUCAUCUGACGCGCAGAGAGGAUUCAGGCACAAUUGACCAGGCUUUAAACACCUUGAACAAUGCAUUCGAUGCUAAUAGUAACGUGUUCCAAAAGGCAGGAGAGGCAGUUUCCAGACUGGUAGGCCUCAGAAAUGCUGCCAAAGCCAAGAUGUUUGGAUCCAGUGAAUACAGUUGCCUGCUGGAUCAUGAUGAAGAUGAUGAGUCACCACCCCGCAACAACAUCCGUAUCAAUUUGAAGGACGUUGACAUGACCCAAGUGCACAGCUGCAUCUUCAACCCUGACAAGGAAUUCACUGACCUAACAGGUGAAAGUGCUGAGGCAAAGCUCAAGGAAGAAAGAUCCUACUGGCAUGCAUUGCGGGUGGGCAAUUCCUUCAAGGUGAACCUGACAAUGCACUCUGUCAAUAAUAAUAAUAAUAAUAGUGAUAAUAAUAAUACCAACCAGCAUGAAAAGAGCAAGGCCAUCAAGCAAACAUUCAGCGACAAAGAAAUCAAUGAAGCAAUUAGCAUUGUGAAGGAGGAAAUGCAAAAGGAUAUUCCCCGCAGCAAAGACCUCCGCUUUGACAUGGUGAUCAAGGAGGCAAAUGUUAAUGCACUCAACGAGGAGUUGGUUCAUUCAAAAGGCAGUGAUCCUGAUGUCACUUUAAAUGUGGAAUUUGGCAACUUGAAUCAAGCAGAAGCAAUGCUCAAGUUGUCUUCAAUCAAGGCCAGGAGUUUGGACAUUGAAUUUGUUGCCAACAAGUCUAACAAGGAAUUGCUGAACCUUGUCCAAAGAAAUGAAGCAUUGAAAAGUGCCAAGGUUUACGUGAGCAAGACGAGCACAUUUGAAAAGGUUACUAGGAAGGAGCUCGUGAAUCGUUUCAAAAACCUAGAGACAGACACCUCUCCAUUAUUUGUCAAAUUUGAGGCCCUGACAUCAGGAGUUGGUCAGACCAGCAGAGAUAUUGUCAACAGUAGCUGUGGGCAGCAGGGAAACGUCAUGUUUGGCAUUGCCUUCCAUGGCGUUCAGGAUUAUUACAACAACACUGGCCUCAGGGAUGCUGGUGGUCAUCGGGUGAACUUGAGUUUUGACAAAUUGAACCGGAAAAGUGCGGAAAUGGUCAUCAACACUCUGCGGAAAGAGAAUUUAGAGUUCUCUCUAGAAUUCAAGGACUUGUCCCACAAGGAAGUGAAAUUCAUUCUGAAACAGGCGAGUCUGGAACAAGAGGACAUGGAGAUUCGAAAGGUGAAGAACGUGUGCGACUUAUUCAUGAAGGCAGCGUAUCCCACUGUUGAGAUCAACGAGUUCGAAUCCAAGGGAAUCCAGUUCCUUUUGGAAAUGAGCGAGAAGAUGUUUGUUCCCUGGUGGAGUGUCUGCGCCGUGGCUGCCCUGGGUGCGUGUCAAAUCAUCGUUGGCGGUGUGCUGAUAGCCUCGGGUUUCGGCGCAUCAAUGGGAAUGGGAUUCGUCACCGAGGGCCUGGCUGACAUGAUGACAGCCUACAGGGCCUACAGCACGCGGCAAUUCCAUUGGAGCGACUACUGCAAACAGAAGGCAGUGAGUUUGGUCAUUUCUGCAGUGUCUGCGGGUUACUCCAAGUGCAAGGAAAGUGUACAGGGUGCAGCCAAGGGCAUGGAGACAUUCGUGACUGGAGUGGGGAAAGAAGCGCUGGAGCAAGCUGGCACUCAGGUUGUGAGCAAUGCCAAGGUAGUUGGGCAAACCCUGAUUAAAACGGGUCAAAACGCCAAGAGUUUUGCUGCCAAAAUCAUUGCUACCAAGACUGCGGAGGCCGUCGCGAGAGAGGGUCUCAACACCGGUGUUCAGUACUUGUCCAAUUUCACCUUUGACCUCUUGAAACCAGAAAUCAGCGAGUGUGUGCAGUCCCGGGUCAAGGCCUCGUUCUGCAACACGGAGCUCAUGGGCUAUUUGCGGAAAAUGUACGCCAUCGACCUGGUGACCAACUCGCGUCAACUCCAGUCCAAAGUUGAUCAGAUUGUGUCUGACAGCGUGAAUCCUCGGCAUGACUUUAUGCGGAAGCAGUGGGACUCGGUGGGGUUGCCCCUGCUCAAGGGGGUUCUCUCGGACCCCAACAAGUGCGGGAGCUAUGCCAGCAUGGCCAUCAGAAUCACGGGCACUCUCCACGGCCUGUAUCAGGUGGGAACCCUGACUGACAACGUUGUCCAGGCCCUGGUGAAGAAACUCAGACUCAUGGACCGGAAUUCCAUGACACUGGGCCUAGUGUUGCACAAAAGUCUCGGCAUCAAAAGGGACGCUGCAUUCCUCAUUGCCGAUGGGCUGCUCAAGCAGGAAAGUCGCAGCAUCUUUGACGAUUCCGACAAUUUCAACGUGUCCCACAGUGACUUGUUGGCCAGUAGUACUGAUGACGAGUCCAACAGGAAAGAGGUUGUGCAGAAGAGCAUUGACAGGUUGUGCCAAGACUGGAAGAAGAAUCCCGACAGAGUGCUGAAGGAACUCGGCAAUGAUAAUGCCGCACCUGCUGCUGCUGACGAUGUUGAGAAAUGCAUCGAUUUCGUGCGGAACUUGUACGCGAAAUUCUUGGAAAUUGAUUUAGAGUGCUUCAGCGUGAUGAUGAGGAAAGUGUCGGAGGAAAUCGCGGGCCAGUUGAUCAGGGUGAUGGACUCGCAAAUGUUGCAGCCUUGGACAACGCUGAUGGUGAGCAACCUGACUGCGGGCAUUUCCAAGCGAGUCCAGCAUCACUUGCUGGUGGAUCCGGAGCAGAAUUCCGAGAGUCACAAGGCGGAUCAGAAAAAGUACGACGAACUCGAGGGAAAGAAGGAUCUGACCCCGGAAGAGAAGGCAUUCGUGGCCAACUAUGGCCGGUUCCGGACGUUUGAGGAGCAGAUGAAGUACAACGCCAAAGACUACUGCGAGGCGUACAGUCAGUGUGAGAUGGCGUAUUAUGCAGGCCAAGAUAAUGACCGCGGCCGCCGCGAUGACGGCACAUCAGCGCCACCUGACCCGAAUGUGAAGAAAGCCGCCGAUGGCGUCCGUGGGGAUGCCCCGGCGAAUCUCGCCACUACCUUGGCAAUGGCCAAAGCCAACGGAGUCAACUUGAAAGUCGUGGACGAUGAAAAUUACCAGAGGACACCCGAAGAAAUCGAGAACGGGGUUCAGGUCAUGUAUGUGAAACCCGGUGCCAACAGUGACGACGUUGGUCACGCCUAUUACAUGGACAACGACGGCGUGUUCAGGGAAAUACCUUCGGCGGGCAACGACUGUGCCUUUGCCGCCUUCAGCAUGAUUCUGGAGCAGAGCAAGGGCAUUAGCAAGUCUGUGGAAGACCUGCGUGCUGAAACAGCCGACCGCAUGGAGUCCAAUUCCGCCAGCUUCGGCAAAGUGCUUUCGGCGGAAAAUUGGAUCAGGACGACGAAUCCCGAGUCGGCCAACAGGAGUCUAUUCGCCGCCGGGUUGUACAGAGACGCUGAUGGCAAGUUGGUUGUGGAACGCAAGGAUGCCCUUGCCCUUGCAAACGCGGUAAAAAUGAAGCUUCAAAGUCGUGGGAGACAGUUUGCCAAACCAUUCAAGGAUGCUGUUGAUCGUCCUGAUCCAGCUACAGAGACAACUCUUCAUCACAUCAUCCCCAAUCAGGACAUUGAACAAGCUGUCAAGGAUCUUGACCCGAGACCCCAGGGUGACACUACUGCCCCCGCAGACGAUUCCGUGAUGGAGCCACUUCGAGAAGCAGUGGAAAAGUACAUGAACAAGGAUCACAUCAAACCAAUCGUAGAGAAGCAACUGGACGAGGAGGGUCAAUUCAAGAAUCCAAAUCGCGUUGGUACUUUUCUGCAUGCUUCAUACUCAAACAACCCCCAUAAUUUGGUCGGAGGUCCGGAUUCGCAAUUGCGGGGGAAAAAUGAUCCCGGAUCAGCACAUGACACGGAAAUAGGGAAACUGCAGACCCACGAGCAUCAGCAGGCUGUCGACAACUUUUAUAAAGCCCCAGCGCAGGAGAGGCUGGACAAGUUUGCCGAUCUUCCACCUACGCGACCCGUCCAAUUCGAGAUCCCACCUGGAGGGCAGGAAUACGUCGCUAAAGAGAGGAAUCAGGAGAGGAAAACUCGAGGGUUUCGUGUGAAAGCCCAAUUGUGUGAAAAUUUGAUUAAUUCGCGUGUUGUACAUUUUCGCUGCGACGCGUUGCAACUUGGCGACCCUGCGUCGGGUCAUCCUCAGUACUUGAUUGAAAUAAAUUGCGUGGAAUGUGUUCGCAGCGGGACCAGGACCGUCAGGACUCUGCGACGAGGAAUUAUGACGACAACGACGACGACGACUACUACUGCUAAUUUUGAAGCUGGCAUCAAGGCCGGGUUGGCAAAUGGCACCUGCUCUCCGCUGGACGUGGCCCCACGCGUUUUGUCGGCCGAGGCCACGCAGCCCGGCGGCGUCUACGUGCACAAGGACGGACUGCAGAUGGACGUCGCCGCCUGGUUCCGGGACCCCAACUGGGGCAGGGACCGCGUCCUGCUGCCGACCCUGAAGGCGUCCAGCUACGGCGAGUACGAGUUGAGCGUCGGGCUGAUGAGUACCGAUUACUUCGAGUCCAGGCACCAGCUGGAUUCUCUGUGUUCCAAGGAAUUGCUCGGAGAUGAUGAUGGAGUUGAGCCGUCCUCGUCGUCGUGUCCAGCAUUGGCAGCAAAAUCAUCACCGGAUGAUGUCUUCGGGAAGACCGUCGACCGAAUCUCGUUUCGAGACGCGCUGAAACUCGUGACCGUCGACAUCCGAUGCAACAUGGACUACUUCCUGGCCCAUCGAGACGAGAUGGCGAAAGCCCUAUUGGGUGGCGGCGACAAUGAAGCAGCAGCAGCAGAGUCGCCUGAUGCAGCCGCCGCCGACCUGAAGAUGACGAUGAUGGUGGAGUCGACCGACGCGGACUCGACGAAUAAGCGACUGGAAGACCGAUUGUUUUAUCGAGAGUCUCUCAAGAUUUUCGGUCGGAUAAAGGAUGAAGGAGACGACGACGACGACAACGAUGAAAAGUCGGCUGCAGUGACGUUUACGGACUUUCGUCGGUUGUUUUUCGACGGCAACGAGAGGUGUGCGACUGCGCAGCACGGGAAAAACUACGUGAUUAUCUAUUACGUCACCGGAUAA